AUGAGGAUGGCAACUUAUAUACUUCAUUAUGAGGGACAAGCCGCGAGACACACCUGCGUCGUGGAAGGAUGCGACCGUGAGGUAAAGAUCACCAAAGGAGGGCUCAGAUUGUGUAAGGCCCACAGUUCCAAAGAUGAGAGGCCCCGCCCCUCCAAGAGCAGAUCCAACCAAGGGAACGAAGCGCCCAAAAGAAGUGUGUCAGCCGAAAGGACCCCAGAAGCGAUCACCGAGGCGCGUUCCGCGCCCGGUGAGAGCUCUGAACUUCCCCCUGCCAAAGGCACCGAGAAAGCUGCUCUUUUGGGAAAAUACUUGAGGCUCGCUCUCGAGGGAAAAGGUCCCAGAGAAGCACUUGAAAACUGCGCAACGCCCAGUUGUGGGCCACACGAGACCUGGGAAGAGCUUAAGGACCAAGCAACACAGUAUGUCGCGAAGCUCCCCAAAGAAUACCCUCAACUAGCCAAGAAGGCGAUCAUCGAACUGGUUACUCAGGAUUGCCCUGCCAGGGGGCUCGAGUCCGAGGGUGAAGACCCUGUCUUGAGCAUUCGGACCCCAGCAAGCCAGAGCCCCUUCUCAGGAGAGUUGGCAGGAACCCCCCAAGUUGCAACGCCAGCGCACAAUGUGGUUCCAUCCCGGGCCACACCACCAGCCGGUUCUAAUCCUCAAGCGUUUUUCAGACCCAAAGGAUCUCAAGACCUCCCCACUGGGAUGACAGCCAAUCCCUCCAACACCAUACCAGAUGCUGCUAGGAUCUUUGCAGCAGCCUCUCGGCCUAGGCACAUCGGAGCCUACAGUGACGCAGAGCCACCGCAACUCGACGAGACCUCAAAAGCUCUCCAGACGAUUGCAAAGGCCAUGGCAGCCAAAGACGAGGCAGCCGGACAAGAUCGUGGCAAAGUUGCGGCUACUGGAAAAGUGGAGGAGAGACUCGUUCUCCUGGUCAAUGUCUCGCUGGGGGCAGCAACUGUUGGGAAAGAACUUUUCCACGCCCUCCGAGCUACGUCCACUCAAGGGAGACCUCAGCUCAGAGCGAUGCAGUUCCCUGUAAAUAUCAGCAACCGGAUCGCUUAUGGGUUAGCAGCAACGCGCUUCGGUGGCAAAGACAUCAAGUCAUUGCCUGAGUACUGCAUUUCGGCUGCAGACUUCCCGCUCACCGGAGAAGAGGAGUUCGACAACUGGGCCGAAUGUGCCGACCUCAAGCUUGAGAAGAGACCAAAGGUUCCGGUCACCCUGAACGCUUGGUAUCGAAAUGCCUUGGGCAAGCCUGGGCAAUUGCAUGUGUUUACGGCACCGAGCAUUACUCUUCCUUUGAACAAGCGGACCUUUUACUUGGAAGACCUCAGCGAGUACUUCCAGGCUGAUGUACUGCCCCGGCACAACCGUAUGCUGUCUCGAGCCUGCUGGCAAGUCGCAUUGAAGAAAAGCCCCAACAACCCCCUCCAUGGAGGAAAGGCCGGCGAGGGAACCGAGGCGUCGGAAUCGCGCCUGGGGCCCAAAACCGGCAAGAAUCAGGAACCCAAGGGGCUGAUGGGACCCAAUCUCACUGGGAGAGAAGCAGCUCGAGCACUUGACCACAGGCCCAAGGACAAGAAGGGUGCCAAAUAUCUCUGUUGGGACAAUUUGUCCCACAGGGGGCGCAACAAGCCCACUGCGUGCCCACAUUCCCACGCCACAGGGGUGAAAUGGGAAGGAAUGGAUUGGGCCGCCCAACUCCAAAUCCUUCGAAGAGGUGGACUGAAAAGCGGCCCCUCCUUGACGGAAGCCCAAGUUGUUGAGCAAAUGGACGCAAUCCGCAAGACACAAGCUUCGAAAACCAAGGAGAUGGUGGAAGAAGGGAAACGAGCCAAGAAAGUGGGAGACAAUGAAAACUCCAAAAACCAGCAAAGCUCCCCAGAUCAAAAGGUGGGACAAACGCCGCCAGAUCAAACUGAGCCAUCCCUCGAGGAUGAAAGCUCUGAGGCUCCUCCUUUGGAACUGACCGGGAUCAACCCCACCGACCAAGAGCAAGAGAUGGCUGAGUUGCUAAAGGGCCCAGACUUCUCUCUUUAUGAAGAUGUCGACGCAGGGAAGGUAAAACGGACUGCGGGAAAUUCGAUGAACAGGCAAAGCCUCGACUGGCUCACAUGA